CAUUUCAUUUCUCUCUAUUAAUAACACCCAUAGCCCACUUCUUUCUCCCAUGCACUUGUCCUCUUCAUUCAACUUCAACCCACUCCUCUUCACUCUCUUCGCCAAAUUUAAUUUUAUUAUCAUACCUUAGCAACAUUACAAAAAACAUAUAACCACUUUUAUUUAUUUCUCUCUUAAUAAAUACUAUUCCCUUACUCUCCAUACUCAUUUCACAUAACUUCUCUUCACUUUCUUCCCUUCUUUCUCUGACAACCAACCAACCUCAUUUCAUCUCUUUCUCUUUAUUUAUUUUCUUGUAUCACAAAUUAAUAUUUCUGACAUAUAGUUACUUUACAUUACCACUACCUCCUUAAUUAUAACAAUGUCUAGCAGAAGAUCUCGUUCCAGACAAUCCGGUGGUUCCUCUGAGAUCACUGAUGCUCAAAUCACUGAUCUCAUUUCCAAGUUACAACAACUUAUCCCCGAACUUCACGCUAGCCGCUCCAACAAGGUUUCAGCUACUAAGGUAUUGCAAGAGACUUGCAACUACAUAAAAAACUUGCAUAGAGAAGUUGAUGAUUUAAGUGACAGAUUGUCACAACUUUUGGCUUCUACAGAUUCCAACAGUGCUCAAGCAGCUAUUAUUAGGAGCUUACUUAUGUAAUAGUGUCUAGUUAUAUAUAUAUUUAUAACUACUACUACUCUUGCAUUUGUUUGUCGUGUGCAUGUCCUUGUCUCACUUUAUUGUUAUUCUCUUAUCUGUGUAGGGUUUAAUUUGGUUUGUAGACCAAGGCAAAAGGGUUUACUAUAUACCUUUGUUAGUCCUUGAGAUUAAUUAGUUUAAUUUUAUGUGACACUUAAUUUGUAGUGAGAUUAUGAUUAUGAUGAUGAGCUUCUAUAGCUAUAAAUAAAAUGGACUACAUCUUGAUUAGUUCU